UUAUCCGAGACCAACAGGUCGCGGUACACCAAGAGUCUCUAGUCCUCUCCCGUCCACCGACGUGGCCGCACCUCGGUAUCACCUGUGUGCCUGCCACGGACGCUUAUAUACGUCAAAAAUAUUAUUAUUUUUUUUUUUCUUUAAUUUCUUUUAAUGUCAUAGAUAAAUAAUUAUUAUAUAUUUUUUUUUCAACAAAAAGUAAUCGCGAUCUAGUCUUUCACGACUGGCAGAUAAAAAUUGAGAAAUUAAAAAAAAGUUUUAAUAAUUUGACAAUUGAUAAUAAUUAUUGUUUAAAAAAAAACACGUGACACAAGUUUUAUAAAUUAUAUAUUGUGCUGAACUAAUCUCAGGUGUGCUGCAAAGACCAAGUUUAAUAAUUGUGUAAUUGUGAUAAAAUAUAAAUGACUGUUAUUUUUUAGUUUUUAAAACUAAAUAAUAAACAAUAAAAUUAUUGGAAAUUUUUCGUUAAUUUAAUAUUAGCAAUUUACAAAGAAAAUUUAAUAAGAUGAACCAACAGUGCAAGGUUUGCGGCGAGCCUGCAGCGGGCUUCCACUUUGGAGCAUUUACGUGUGAGGGAUGCAAGUCAUUCUUUGGCCGUACCUAUAAUAAUCUUGGAAGUAUAUCAGAAUGUAAAAAUGGUGGUAAUUGUGUAAUAAAUAAAAAAAAUAGAACAGCAUGUAAAGCAUGUAGAUUACGUAAAUGUUUAUAUGUUGGUAUGUCAAAAUCAGGAUCAAGAUAUGGUAGAAGAUCAAAUUGGUUUAAAAUACAUUGUCUGCUACAAGAACAAACAAAUAGUAAUCAUUCAGGUAUAACACCAAAUCCAUUUGGUACAAAUUAUUUACCAAAUUUUAUGGCAUCAUCACAAACAAAUCAAAAUGUAUUUAAAGAUAAUGAUCGUACAUCACCAAAUAAUGAUGAUCAUAUAUUACAAUCACAAUUAUUACAUUAUUCAAUGAUGAAACAAGUACGUAAUAAUAAAUCACCACAUUCAGAUGAUGCAUUAUUACAAAAUCAACUUAAAUUACUUGCAUGGCAUAAAGAACAAGAACGUGCUGGUCAACAACAUCAAAAACAAAUAAAACAACAAAAUAUUGGUACACCACCACGUGAUUGUACAUCACCAACAUAUGCAUAUAAACAUCCAUCAACAAUAUAUCCACAAAAUUUUCCACAAAAAGAAAUGAUAAUACCAUCAAGUCCAGAAGUAUUUCGUCCAUUUUCAUCAACACCAUUACCAUAUAAAAGAACUGCUGAAACACCAAGUGAUAGUGGUACAUCAAUAUCAUCACAUUGUGAUGUUAAUGAUAAUGAUGAAUCAAGAAGUAAUUCAGCAAUGAGUUAUUUUAAAGGUAAUACAUCACCAACAUUAUCUGAACGUGAUUAUACACCAAAAAAAAUUAAUUCAUCAUUAUCAUCAUUAGCAAAUCAAUAUAAUCCAUUUCCACAAAUUAAUUGUGUUUAUCCACCACCUGGUCUUGUAACACCAGCAACAUCACAACAUUCACCAAGAGGUGGUGAUUUAUUACUUGUUAGUCCAAAUCAUGCUCUUGUUGCUGUACAACAAGAUGAACCAAUUGAUUUAAGUAUAAGAUCAACGCAUAGCUCAUUAAGAAGAACUAUUAGUCCGGAUAAUUAUAAUAAUAAUAAUAAUGAUAGACCGAAAAGUAGAUGUAGCAUUAAUGAAGAGACUACAAUUAAAGGUAAACCAUUGGAUUUAACUUUGAGUGUUAAAAGGCCAAUUGAACUUGGUUUAUCUAUUUAAAUAAUAAUGACAAUAACAACAGAAACAAAAAAAGAAAAAAAAAUAUUUUAUUAUUAUUAUUGAUAUUAUUGAUAUUAUUAUUUUAUUUGUAUUAUUAUUAUUUUUUUUUUUUUCGUAUUUUAUAAAAUUUUAUUUGGUGAAUGAAAUGUGAGAAAUGAACCAGGUUGUACAACUCACAAAAUGUGUUCAAUGUGUAUAUAGUUGAUUUUUUUUUCUUUUUUUUUUUUCAUUUUAAACUUUCAAAUUUUUUUAAUUUAUUAUAAAAAUAUUUCGAAUGAAUAUUUUAUUUUUAUGAAUGAAUUUAUAUAUCUAGUUUCUUUUUUUCUUUCUUUUUUGAUGUAGUAAAAAAAACUAUAUAUUUGUAAACAAAAAAUUUAAAAAAAUAAAAAAAAAAAAAUAAUAUGCCAAUAGAGUAUAUUUUGAUAUAACUGAUUGGGCCAGUUAAAAAUGUGCCUUAGAAUUUAUAUUCAUGUACAUAAACACAGACAAAAAAAAAAACAAUUAAAGACUAAGGUUUAAAUAGCCAAUGUAGUUUUUGGCAAUGAUAAAAAAAAAAAUAAAUACAAAAUUAAAAAAAAAAAGUAAAAAAUAAAACAAGUUUCAUGUUUGUAAAUAUUGUAAGACCAUAAUGGGACUUGUUGUACACCACGUAUCCACGAUGAUAUAAAAAAAAACCGAUUAAAAAAUUGCAGAAAAAAAAAGUGUAUUAUUUUUUUUUUAAAUCUUUGUACAUAAUAUUGAAAUAAACUGUUUAUUUGGUGUCAAAAAGUGCUUGAUUUUAACUUGUCGAGACUGAAGGUAGAACGCUAAAUAAAAUUGAGAUAAUGGAUAAAUUAUCAAUCGAAUAGGCAGCAUCAAAUGCAGCUAGUUAUAACUGAUGUAUAAUAAAAAAAAAAAAAUAAUAAUAUUUGUUGUAAAAAUAAAUUGCUGAAUUAUUUAGAUAAACAAUUGUUCAAUCUUCAAUUUAAAAAAAAAAUUAUAUUUCGUAAUACUGCACUUUGAGUUGCAGAUACAGAAGUGAUAAUAAAAAAAAAUUUAUAAAUAUAA